UAUUAUAUAGUAAAGAAACAUAAGAGAAUUAGCGUUAAAGAUGUCAAAGCAAAUUGUGUUGAUGAUAUUGAUGGUUACAAUAAGUGUAAUGCGAGGGAUUCAAUGCAUGCAAUUGAAGGCAGGGAAUUGGGGUGUGAGUGUUAAGUCCGAGAAGGAGACAGUGACAAACCUUCAAUUCUAUUUCCACGACACACUCAGCGGACAAAAUCCAAGUGCCAUUCAGGUGGCUCAGCCACUUGACAAGAACAAGUCCACACUCACCAUGUUUGGUUCCAUCAUGAUGGCUGAUGAUCCCUUGACCGAAACGUCCGACCCAAAGUCUAAGCUCGUGGGCCGGGCGCAGGGUCUAUAUGGAUCGUCUUGCCAACAAGAAUUAGGCCUAUUGAUGGCCUUGAGUUUCUCAUUCACGGAUGGGCCUUACAAUGGGAGCUCGUUCGCGCUCAUGGGGAAGAACUCCGCCAUGAGCCCGGUUCGCGAGAUGCCCAUUGUAGGGGGCACCAGACUCUUCCGAAUGGCGCGUGGGUUUGCACUCGCCCAUACUGUCUGGUUGAAUCCCACCACUGGCGAUGCCAUUGUUGGCUACAAUGUCACCCUCGUCCAUUAAUAUGAAAAUUGAAAAAUAUGGUAUUGUAAGAUGUUAGAUUCGGUUGUGCACUUUUUGUUUAGCAUCACCAUUUGAUGAUAUCUUAUAUCGCUUCAGUUGAUUCAUCAAUAAAACUU